CAUUGCAACUCGCAUUAUUCCCGCCUUCAAAAUGAAUAUUUUCACUGCAGUUUCUCCUAGACAACUCGUCGGUCGCCACCGUCUGCUCACACUCUCUUCAUUCUUUCUCGAUUCCGGUCUCUAUUCGCGUCGAAUGCCCUCUGUAAUAUCCUCAGCUUGCCCUCAGUCUACAGCUUUCAAUUUGCGUUCCGUUCGCUCUUACUCUUCUGCAUUCGGAUCUGAUACCUAUCAAAACGAAAACUCACCCGUCUCGGAAAAAGAUACCAUCGAAACGUCCCAUUCACCCGCAGACGAAAAGCCGCAUCCUAUUAGUACUCUGCCCCUGUCCUUCAAGAAAGACAUGUCCAGACGAUUUCUCGAAGUGAGCAUAUGCAACCCCCCGUUUCUUUUUGUGAAGAGAGCAGAUGAACGAGUCGUAUUUUUCGAUCAAGUAAUUUCUCAGUGCCUACAACUUCUACAGGGGCGCAUGAUAUGCCGCCCUGGCGAAGAUAUAUAAACAGCUCAAAUGCUUUCAGCAGUGGAGGCACUAUCGAGAUGAUGGACAACGUUGUUGCUACAUAUUCCAUUCUUGGUGAAUGGGACAUGUCUGAUAUGCAGGCUUACGCAGACCAUACCGACUAUCUGCCUCAUCUGUAUGAGG